AUACAUCUAACAUUGUUUAUUUUGUCAAAGUCUUAAUGAAAACUCAACCUAUAAAUGUUUACUUUGAAUUUUAUACAUAAAAAUGUCUCUUAUUUUCAUAACGAAUCACGAUGAAAACAUUUAUAACAUUACGAAAAACCAAACGGACCUACAAAAAAAGUCUCCGAGAUACAAAAGUAAGUUCCAAAAAAGUAAAAUCCAAACGGUUACGACCGCUGUGUCUCCCAUUUGUGUAAAAUCUAAUGGUAAGAAACAUGCCACUAUGGGGGUACCCGAAGAGGAACCGCCGGAUCCUCAUAAUUAUUUGAAAAAACGUACGGGCAAGCCUAGUUAUACCAUGGAAAAACCGGAGCAAGUCGGGAGAUUAUGUAAGAAAACCAAUUUACCCCAUAAAGGACCGACUCCUUUGAUAAAAGACCUUAUUGAAGAGGCCAAAAAGCAUGAAAAAGAAGUGGAAUCGACCAAAAACUUUAUCAAAGGCAACGUUGAAACUGUGAAAAACAUGAAACCAAAAGAACCCGAACAUAGGGUUGUCAUAGAUAAGGCGGGCACAACAAUUUAUCCAGAACUACAAGGGCUGGAACCUGUUUAUAUUAAAAAAACAAUUUUCGGAAGAACUCCUGAAUACCUGGUGAGGUUUAACAAAAUCAAAGAGAAGGAAUAUCAGAUGAGAAAAGAUGCGUCCGGGAAACAGCAACCGAAGUGUCGAUAUAUCACUAGGGAUGAAAGGGAGCAGCUCUUAACUGGUUUAAAAAAAAAUUGGGAAGAGUUGCAGAAACAAUAUCAAGGAUUGCCAAUUUUAACUGAUACCAUUCCGAAAAAAGUAAAAAAAUCGAAAUUAGAGGCGGAUUUAAAACAACUGGAAAAAGAUAUAGUUUUAGUAGAAAGACAUCCUUAUAUUUAUGUUUAUAAUGAUACCGAACUAUCUUAAAUAAAUAACAUAACAUUUGUA